CGCUCACAAUGAACAACGUAAAACUACUAACAUUAUUUGCAGUCGCAAUCUGCCGAGCUUUAUCGGAACCCGUCUCAGCCACAAAUCGCAUCGUAAAUGGAUCAACUGUCGAUAUAGUGAACUAUCCCUAUCAGGUGGCAAUCAUAGCCUGGCCCAAUACGGAUGAAGAAAUCGGUUACGCAGGUGGCACACUGAUUGCCGAUACUUGGGUACUUUCGGCUGCGCAUCUGUUUCGAUCUAAGAGAGCAUCUCAUACUGGAGUACGGGUGGGUUCAUCCGAGGUCAACGAAGGAGGAACCGUUAUUGAGGUCGCUGGGUUGUCGUACCACCCGAACUACAAUCCAAACAAUGUUGACAAUGAUUACGUAUUGCUUCGACUGAAGCAACCCUACAGGAUAGAUCCAGUUGCCCGGGCGAUUCCAAUGGUAGAUGACGGUGAGGUGACGGCCGAUGGGACUGUGUGCACGGCCAGCGGAUGGGGUGAUACCAUGGGAACCGGCAACAACGAUACCUUGCAAGCUGUGGAAGUUCCGAUUGUCAAUCACAGUCAAUGCAAGAAGAAUUAUGCUGCAUCGAAGCUGAGCAUUACUGACAGUAUGCUGUGCGCAGGUUACGAUGAAGGAAUGCAGGAUUCCUGUACGGGUGAUUCAGGAGGUCCUCUUGUGUGCCAAGGAAAGUUAGUUGGAGUGGUGUCGUGGGGAAGAAAAUGUGCUUCAAAGAACUUCUACGGAGUGUACGCUAAUGUAGCCAAAGCUCGAGAUUGGAUCAAGCGAAAAACUGGAGUAUAAAUUGGAUGUGUUUAAGAGGGGAACUGUCCCGCUCUCCAUCUCACUGAACAUAUAUUCAUCUCAUGGCGAAACAAAGAAAUACAGCACCAAUCUUGUCGCUUCUUUAUGUCAACAUGCGUGCUCACUGCCGAAAAAAUCACAAAUAUAAGAAACAAAUCAAAUUGCUUUCCAUUGCUUUGUUUUCGAUGGGAUGCAUAUCGGAGCCAUGAGAUGAAUUCCAGGAGCAGUUCCUCUAUAUAAGUUGUAUUUAAUAUUCUCAGUACGAUUGCCCACUACUUAUGUACAUAGUGCAAUUAUUCCAUUUUUCAUUUCACUGAAACGAAAUUAUUUCAUGUCUACUUAAAGAAAUAAAGCACCUCAUUUGUCGGAUUUUACUUACAUGUGUGCUUUUAAUCGUUUAGUUUUUGAUAUCAGGAAUAUACAAGCAAUAAGAUUUAGAACUCCUAAAGCAGAAAAGGUAAUAGUACGAAGAACUAGAAUAGUACUUCUGAAUGGCUUCAAUGAUUUGAUUGAAAAAUUCUUGAUUCUUGAUUCUUGAUUACUGCUUUGCAGUUAUUUUACAUAUAUGUACUAAAUGCCAAGGGUUGAUAUUUUGAUUUAUUACACUGUAUACGGGAAAAACAUAAAGUAAAAUUAAUCAAUGGUGUGGAGCUAAACUAGUAUUGUGUGCCUCUCACAUGUGUUCAUCAUUUGUCAUUUAUUUUAUGUCUAUGCUAAUGUAAAGGGAGUUGAGGAUUAGAUCAAAUACGAAAGGUAAAGUUCAGAAUAAACAUUCAGAUGUUUAGCA